AUGAAUUUGGCACGGAUUCAUGAUAAAUAUAAGACAAAAAAAUUCUGGGAGCAGAAAAUUGAAAACCACUGCCAGAUGACUAGUAAUGAAGAAUUAAGGAUGAAGAAUAGUGCUUUGUCCAAGCUCCGCAAUGAGUGGAUUCAGAGGCUGGAGAGUCGGACCCGGCAGCAAAGCAGCUUUAAUGAGAAUCUCCGAGCUACAGGCGCAGACAAUUUAAAAAUACCUUAA